AUGGCGGGAGAGGCGGUGGACGCGGUUCAAGAGCUGAAACUGGCCGCCGUGCUUGAUGCUCGAGACGAGCAGCGCCGGUGGGAGGAGGAGGAAGAGGAGGAGGAGGAAAUGGGGGAACUGGAAGAGAGCGAGGAGUUUGAGAUGGUCGGUUUGACCAGCCGCGCUGAUACCUCACCCCAGGCAGGGAGCGCGGGCGCGGGCGCGGGCGCGGGGAAGCGGUGGGUGUGCGGGCCGCGCGUGGAGGCGGUGAUGCGCAGCAAGGUGGCGCGGCUGGUGAAGCCCGACAUGCUGCUGGCCCUGCAGGAGCUGCAGCGCCAGCAGCAGUGGCGCCUGGCCGCGCGGGUGUUUGAGCACGUGCGCACGGAGCACUGGUACAAGCCCGACGCAGACCUCUGUGCGCGCAUGAUCAACUGCCUGGGGCUGGCCGGCCGCAUUACGGACGCACAGGCGCUCUUCCGGGCCACACAGGAGGAGGACGGCAUGCCUCCCUGCUCGCCCACCUACACUGCGCUGCUCGCCGCUCACUGCCGCUCCGGGGACCACAGGAGCGGCCGGGAGGUGCUGGGAAGGAUGAGGGAGGCACGGGCGGGGCCGUAUGAUGCGGCGUACAUGAUUCUGAUCAAGACGUGUGAGGCGCAGGGGGAUGCGGGGGCAGCAGCGGAGUUGAAGCAGGAGCGGGAUGUGGUGCUGGCAGAGUGGGGGCAGUUGGGGCUGCCUAAACCCCCAAGGCGGUCAAAGAAGAUGUAG